AGCUGUAGCUUGUUAGCCGUCAGUCUGUUACUGGCAAACGAAUAAAUUAUUUACCCUUGUAUUAGUACCAAACUAUUGCAAGACUUGUUGUGAAAUGGUUGAUCGUGGCAAUAACUUGGUACUCCCAGUGGGUCCAUGCACCUCGGAGCUCACAGAAUCGCAGGCCAGCUAUGCUCCCCCCAAAAUCAAGAAAGUUUUGCCCACUAGGGGAAAUCGGAUGGAGCAGUUCCUUUGGCAAGAGCUCUUCGCGGAGUACAACCGACAGGCUUCCGUUCCGGUUGACCUGGGGGAGGACCGCACGGAGUACUACGACCAAUUCUGCAAGGAUGUGCCGCCAAAGAACGAGGAGACCGAGGAGGUCCUGAUCAACAAGUACCCGCUGUAUUGCACCUCGGCCGUUACCGUGUGGAACCACGAUGGAGAUGUCACCAGGACCUUUAAGAGAAAAUAUUCCAUAACCAAACCCAUUCAUGAGUGCACCGAAAAGUUUGCACUUUAAAAGUAUCUUCUCCGAAUUAAGCUGUGUAAAAUUGUUACCUUUUCUAAACAUAAGGUCCCAAAACAGCUACUACCUCUUUUGAAUUGAAAUAUAAUUAUCCUGGCAACUCAAA